CCAUGUCCCACGAGCUUUCUUUCACUCGUUAUUUCCUUUUAACCGGUGAUUUGGUGGUGAAGGAAGGAGCGAAGGAAUCAAAAGAACGCGGGUUUGAAUGAAAAGUCAGCAGUAAGGUGCUCGCUCGAAUUUAAUCUCCACCCCACCGCCAUUUGACGCCAUAGCCACCGAUUGACGCGGAGAAAUUACCCCAAAUCCACACAGAAACCACAAACCAGCCACAAUUUCUUGAAGUAAUACGGAAUUUUUUCCCUUCAAGAUUUCAUUUUGAUCUGCGGGUUUUGGUGCUCGCAAGAAAGGGAGGCACAAUCAUGCCGGGAGGAAGAGAAAUUCUUAACAAGAUGAAGGAGAAGGCGUGCUUUUACACCUCAACUGUAGGCUCACCGGACACAGGGAAAGGUAAAAGCACAUCAAAGAGGAUCACUCAUGGCUUCCACCUAGUGAAAGGAAAAGCAAAUCAUGCAAUGGAAGAUUAUGUGGUUUCAAUGUUUAAGCAAGUCGAUGAUAACGAUUUGGGCCUUUUUGCCAUCUUUGAUGGGCAUAUGGGUCAUGAUGUUGCCAAUUACUUACAUUUACACCUAUUUGACAAUAUAUUAAAGCAGCCUGACUUUUGGACUGAUACUGAGAAUGCAAUAAGGAGGGCUUACCAUGCAACGGACAGUGAUAUACUGGAGAAAUCAAUGCACCUUGGGAGAGGAGGCUCAACUGCAGUCACAGCUAUACUGAUAAAUGGUCAAAAGCUUGUUGUUGCAAACGUGGGAGAUUCUCGCGCUGUCAUUUCCAGGAAAUGUUCUGCCAAGCAGCUCUCAGUUGACCAUGAACCUAACAAAGAAAAGCCCGUCAUUGAAAGCAAAGGCGGUUUUGUAUCAAACCUUCCAGGCGAUGUCCCUCGAGUUGAUGGGCAGUUGGCCGUUGCAAGGGCAUUUGGAGACAAGAGCUUGAAGAGGCACCUGAGUUCAGAACCCGAUGUGAAAACCGAGUUGAUCGAUGAUGAAGUCGACUUCAUCAUUUUGGCGAGCGAUGGGCUAUGGAAGGUGAUGACAAAUCAAGAGGCAGUCGACGCGAUCAAGAAAGUAAAGGAUGCAGAGUCAGCGGCCAAGCUUCUGGCGGAGGCCGCGGUUGUUAGGAAAAGCAAGGAUGAUAUAUCAUGUAUAGUUGUUAAGUUUCAAUGAGUGUUUUUCGGUGAAUAUAUUUUUAGCCCAAGUUAUUUUGUGUAUAAAGACGAUUGUUUGAUGAGAAAACUUUUCUCUGCUUAGUCUAUGCUUGUAUGUAUAUACUACCUAUGGAUUUACAAUGUAUUGCUGCCAUUUUUUAAAAAAGUAUUUAAAUGUCCCAAUUUAAGUUGUCUGUUUUCUUUUUCGUUCAUCUCUAAUAACAUUGCGUGUUUCCU